AUGGAUGAAGAACUACAAAUAGUGGACGUCUGGGCAGAUAACUUAGAAGAUGCAUUUGAGAAGAUAAGAGACGUGUUGGAAUUAUAUCCUUAUGUAUCUAUUGAUACGGAAUUUCCUGGUAUAGUCGUUCGACCAACGAAUUACCUUGAGGAUUAUAAUUACCAGACAGUAAAAUGUAACGUUGAUUUGUUAAAAAUUAUCCAAUUGGGUUUAACGUUUGCCGAUUCUGAUGGAUCAACGCCAAGCAAUGUAUCAACAUGGCAAUUCAAUUUCAAGUUUGAUUUGCAGCAUGACAUGUACGCUCAAGAUUCCAUAGAUUUAUUAAAAGAUAGUGGUAUUGACUUCGAAAGUCACCAAAAGCGAGGAAUUGAACUAGCACAUUUUGGAGAGUUGAUUAUGUCAUCUGGUUUGGUUAUGAAUGAAGAUGUUAUAUGGAUCUCAUUUCAUGGUUCCUACGAUUUUGCAUACCUUUUGAAGGUUCUAACAUGCACAAAUUUACCAUCUAGCCAAUCCAGAUUUUUUGAAUUGUUACAUGACUUUUUCCCGUCGCUUUACGAUAUCAAGUUUCUGCUUGAUGAAAGAUCCAUUAAUUUAUCGGGAAGGUUGUCACUCCAAAAGCUCGCUGAGCACUUGGACGUUGAACGUGUGGGACCACAACAUCAAGCAGGUAGUGAUAGUUUGGUUACAUCACGCACUUUUUUCAAACUUAUGCAAAGAUACUUUGAAAACAAGUUGGAUGAUGAAAAGUACCAAGGCGUAAUUUAUGGUCUAGGCAAAUCUGUACCUAAUCUGGAGAUGAUGAAAAAUACCAGUGAUCAUUUCCAUUCACCCAAUUAUAAUCAUAAUGUACAUUUUACGCAGCCUAUUAACUCUUCAGUUACAGGCGUUAAGUGGAGUAAUAACAUUCAAAACAACAACAUAAACUUUUAUGAUUCUCCAUUCGUGAAACCGAAGGAUACCUCGAUUUUGACGGAUGGGAUGGUUUUGUACGAUAAAAAUGCUUUCUCUCAUAGGAUUGUUUGAUUUAUUAUCCAUUUACGCUAAGAAUAUCUCGUAUGUGAUAUUCGUGAUUGAAUUGUUAGAAUUGUCUAUCGAGCACAUUAUCAACUCUCUUGCUCUAGAGUUACUUCAGACUUUCACACAUUUUUGGUCUAAAAUAUUUUUC